AGGAAUGUUGCUAAAGAGUCAUUUAGAGCUGAGCUGUCGUUAUCGUCUGUCGAGUCUACGACUGCCCGGAAAGAAAGUAGCGAAGGAAGAAAUGGGCCACAGCCGGUAGCCGCGGGCUGCAGAGGGUCUUGGCCUCAAAGCUAUGGUAAAGAUCAAAGCGGGGAUGUCCGCGGAGAGCUCAGACGGGGAGGGCGAGGCGCUACUGGCCACAGUCAGGGACAAGCUGAAGAUCCAGCAGCGGCUGAUCGACAUCUCUGCCCGGAGUCUGCUCAGCAGUCGCUCGUCCUCUGCAGACCUCUCUCAAUCCUUUGAGUCCCAGUCUGCGCUGGAGGUGCAGAGAGAAAACUCCUCCAUACAGGAGACAAGGCUCAUAAAAUUCUUCUCAAGGCAGCUACUUGUGAAACACAUGUUUGUACGGCGGUGCCAUGGAAACCAUUGUGCCGCCGCUGAAAGAGAAAUCGAUGACCUCAUCGAUCUUGGCCUAUUUCUGAGCGUGGCGGACCUCCAACCUCUCUCUGUUCAGUUGCUGAAACAAGAACAGAUGUCAUUGGACGGACUGUUUUCCCUCCCACUGGGGGACCUGGAGAGCCUGUGUGAGAGACUGGGGCUGAGCAGGGAGGAGGAGAGGAAGCUGAAGUUCUAUCUCACUUUCCUCACAAGCUGUUACAACCAGCUGGAGAAAGAGGCGACAGAAAAAGGUCUCUCCUACGAACGCUACUACUCCAGCUCCUCUCGACUGUCCUCAGUCUCCACGCCAGGCUCUCUGGACGAGCGGCAAGAUUCUUUCUCCUCCAUCCCCUCGUCUGCCGCCUCCCUUGCUCCUGCCGGGUCUGUCUUCACACUCCUCUCCCCUCGUCCCUACAGCACCACCACUGUCACCUCCACACCCUCCCUCCUCUCCCCUGCACUUCUCCCUCCCUCCCCGUGCCCACCACACUUCCCCAAUGGCGGUGCUCUGCACCACUCCACUCCCCGGCCCCUCACACCCACUUCCCAGUCACCCACCCUCUCUAGAAACACCAGUCUUAGCAGCAGUCUCAUCUUCCAGGACAUGGAGCAACAAGACAACUCUGACUCUGCUCCCCGUCCCACCCGGAGCUCCGCCCACAGCUACCUUGCCCAGCGCCACUCACACAUCAGGUCUCACUCAAAUCCUCAUGCCCACCUCAUCAUGGAGGGGGCGGAGCCUCGUCGCAGCAGUCCAGGGCCGCCGCCCGACGAUGUGCGCUCCCCAAGUCCUCCCCACAGAGCAAACAGUCAAUCCUCUGUCGCAAUGCUCGGGUCCCCGGGCUCCACCCAGCGACGACCUAAUCAUCACAUGAGGAGGCCACGCCCACUGGCACCAGGCUCCACCCACAUGGUCGGUGGAGAGCAGCUAGCUCCAGAGAGUCCCGUCCUGCGAAGCUCUGCCUACAGCUCCUCCCAUUAUGAUUACCCUGUUCGCUCCAACUCACUGACAUACAGUGAGAGACGUGCCUCAAGCAUGAGCUACCAGACGCACGGUCACCACCACUCGGUGGAGGGGGCGGGGCCCCACACCCACGGAGCAAUCUCAGCGAGCAUGGUGGACCUGCCAGCCAUGAACUACGCGGUCAGCACGGAGUAUCUGGGGGACAUAGACGAAUAUCCUCUCUCCUCAAACACUGCCAAGAGCCAGUCUGUGCCAAAACUGACUCUUCUCACCAUCUCCACUGAGGACAAGAAUGGCUCCACAAGCGUCCCCACCUCCCCUCGCUCCCCUGGCAGCUACACACCGACAGGUCACAUGGGCCACGCCAUCAAACACAGGUUCACUGCCAAGACGUUCCCGACCCCUCACCUCUGUACAGUGUGCAAGAAGACGAUGAUGCUGGGGGUCAAGUGCAAGCACUGCCAUUACCGCUGCCACAGAGGAUGUGCAGACAAGGCGCCUCACUCCUGUGGUCUUCCUCCUGAACUGAUGAAGUUCUUCCGCCAGCAGUUCCACAAGAAGGAUCCCGGUGGUUCGUUUGACGCCCCAAGCUCCACUGAACCCUUUGCUCGGCGACCCACCAUCACGAGAGGUCAGACGUACGACGCAGACACCAGGGAAACCACGGAGGACGAGUUCAUCAUCCCGGAGCUCUCCAAAGAACCCGCCAAAGGUCAGUACAGUCCAGUGAUGGGUCGCAAGAAGCUGCACGGAAGUCCUGCUGAGAACGGGAGACGAGUUCUCAACCAACCUUCCACCACCUCACUCCUGGAGGUCCCUGUGCCUCGCCCCCACCACCAUGGAGGGUAUCACUCAGUCUCCUCCUCCCCCUCCCCUUCCUCCUCUCCUCCCUCUUCACCCUCCCUCACCCCCUCCACUCCACGUUCACCCCGCUCCCCCUACCCCACCGGCCCCGCCUACCCUUACCCCAAGAUCCCAGACCUAACCUACACCGACGACAGCGAAAAUGAGUCGCUGGACGAAGAUCAGCUGAGGGGGCGUAGCUUGGACGAGGAUCACAUGAGGGGGCGUGGCUUCUCGGGGUCCCAGAGCCCCACCUCCUUAGUCUCCAAAGACAGCAUCUCUGACCUGGACAGAAUGAGGUCUGCCAGUCCCAAGGGACUCCGCCCACCUCCCCAAGUAGUCCCCGCCCACUCUCUCCCGGACCUUCUCCUCGGACACAAGUCAAUGGAGAACAGCGAGGAGAGCUCUGAGGGCUCCGAUGGGACCUAUAGUCGGCACCAAGCAGCCAAUAAGAAGGCAUCCAUCGUCUCAGCCGCAGAGUCCCACACCAGCACUCUCAUCAACAGCUACCCAUCUCAGCCAGAUGAUGAAGAUGCCUACUCGGAGUCCUAUGACAGCUCUCAAGGCCUGCCAGAUGAUUACCCCAGAAAGCAUCGUAACAGUGUGGUGGAUGAGUGGAACAUAUCACCUGUAGAGGUAAAGAUUGUGGAGAGAGUGGGGCGCGGGCCUCUCGGGGAGGUCUUCCAGGGCUACUGGCACGGACAGGUGGCCAUCAAGAAGUUCUUCCUCGACGAGAACUGCUACAAGAGACAGCUGCAUAAACUGAGAGAAGAGGUCUCCAUUCUGAAGAAGACGAGACACCACAACUUGGCUCUGUUCAUGGGUGCCUCCCUGACUCCGCCCGACAUUGCCAUCAUCACUAGUUUCUGCCGAGGGACCACUCUCCACAAGCACCUUCACAUCUGGGGGGACACUUUCUCUGUGGAGAAGACGGUGAACAUUAUGAAGCAGAUUGCGACGGGGAUGGGUUACCUGCAUGCCCGGGGGAUCCUCCAUAAGGGACUCCACACACGUAAUGUCUUCCUGGACAAGGAGAAAGUUGUCAUCACUGACACAGGGCUCUCCAGUGUCAGUGACAGCCUCUGUCUACCGAGGCAGAAACCGCAGCGGUUCAUAGUCAUUCCGCGGACGAAGCUAAACUACAUGGCGCCUGAGCUGAUGAGGGAGAUCCGCUGCUGUCCACCAGUCCUCAAGUCUGGAGAUAUCUACCACUACAGCGAAAAGACCGACAUCUACGCCUUUGGAACUGUGUUCUAUGAGAUGCUGACUCGGCGUUAUCCUUGCCCCUCCCACGACAGCACCGGCUUCCCUAUCGACAUUACCAUGGUGAUAUACCAGGUGGGGCGGGGCCGCCGUCAAGACAUCCCAUUACGAGAUGCACCAAAGAGGAUCAAGGACUUGGUAUGGGACUGUUGGCAGCAUGACUCCAGGAAGAGACCUCCAUUUUCCACCCUCUGGGACAUCUUGUCAAAGGUGCUUCGUAAGAAGACCCCGAUUGGUCGAUCUCCCUCCGUCCCAACUGCCCUGUCUCGCUCCAGCGAAGAUCUCCUGAAGCUGUCAUCACAUUUGAACUAACUCCGCCCAAACCACACCCCACAUACCAAACAUUCUUUUGUGUUCACAUCAUUGUGUUUGUACGUCAGUCAGUGUGUGUUGUGUCAAUCAUCAGUUCAGUGGCCUUAUUUUACAGGCCUCUAGAGCAACACGAGUUUUGUAAUCAUUAUUUUAUGACCUCAAUAAUAUAUGUUUUGAUGAUGCCGAGUGAUCGAAGUGGUACAAGAAUGUGUGGUUUUGGUGAGGAGAGGACAAUUAAUGCUGAUGAGGGGAUCGAGGUCUGUCUUCAUGUUCUACGGUGUGUUUGCCAGUGUCCUUUAGCGUCUGUCUCUCCCUCCGUUUCUCAAAAUCCACUUUCUCUUGCACUUCAUCUGGUGUGCUAUUACUGCCUUGACCACCCUAGGAUGGUGGAGGAGGUUGUGAGCUGGUCUCAGAUUCCAGCAGAAGGUCAGGCGGACCCGAGGCUAGCUGGGCUGGCUCCAGUGAAGUCCCCAGAUCCUUGGCUACGCAAUACUCCAGAUCAUACCUAAGCACAUUGAGGACCUACCAGGGAGGAUCUCUGGCAGCCCAGGGAGGAUCUCUGGCAGCGUAGUAUCAUUUUUGUUUCCUCUGGUCUGCUCGCCUGUCUUCCCAGGCUCCGGUUCAUUCUCCUCCACUUUCUUCCCAUCAUCUCUCACUGGUGACAAACACACAUACAAACCUCUCCUCGGCAUGGAGCGGAGGGAGAGCUCACCUGGCACCCACUUGUAGACCUUGAGAUGGUUGGAAAGGCCAGUCUCUAUCCAGAUCUUCUCCCACUUCCGGACCUUCUCCACCGUCUGCAUGAUCCUCUUGAUCUCAUCUCUGGCUCGGCUCCUCGUCUCCAAGCGAAAACUACGAGAACUCAUCUUCUUUGCUCUCUACCUAUAAUUCUAUUUAAUGCCUCCCGAUUCUAAGCGCGCGGUUCGUCACU